AUGGAACAGCAGAGUGAGCUAUUUCGACAGUUUCUAGAACCGGAUAGCCUAUCUCUGGUGUUGAGCGAUUGGGACGGAACCAUUACUAAGGAGGAUACGAUUCCGUUGGUCUUUGAAGCUCUUAGAUUAGAUAAGCCAGAAGGUUAUCCUUGGGAUUUCAAGUAUUUCCAAAAGCUCUAUAUGGAUCGGUUCAAAAAGCUUUUUGAGGUCCAUUUGCCCAAUCAUGAGUUUAAGCAUAGGGAUACUAUGGAGAAGGAGAUUGAAUUCCAGAAAUAUUUUGGAGAAUUUGUUGAGAUGAAGACAAAAAUUGAUGUUAUCAAGUUGAACUGCUUUCACGGUGUUCAUGUGAAUAGCUUUAAUAAACAGGUCGAGAAUCUUGUUAUCCAUGAAGGGUUCCCAGAAGUCUUGCAAAAGUUAAGAGACAGAAAUAUUGGUUUUGGGGUGAUUAGUGUUAAUUGGACUCAAAAAAUUAUAGAGGCAUAUUUGAGGUCCAUAGGGUUUGAUCCCGUUCCCAACGAGAUAAUGAUGAUAGGAAACGAUUUCGAGUUUGACGAGGACGGAUAUUGUCUAGGUACUUUGCGAGAUGAUGGAAUAACAACAGGAUACGAUAAAAUGGUUAAGGUGGUCGAAAUUAAAUCUAGAUUGAAUGGAGGGAAAGUUCUAUACGUUGGAGACAGUAGUGUUGAUUGUCUUGCCAUGUUGAAGGCUGACAAGGGGGUAGUUAUAAGAGGAGGAUCGGCAAGUGAAGCUUUAAGAAAGCUAGGCCAGGAAGUUCUAGAGAUAAAACAAUUGGAUUCUGAUAAUAUAAAAGAUAUACGAUUUGUCGCAGUAGAUAAUUGGACAGAUCUGGAAAAGUGUCUUGAUAUCCAAGACUCUAUAGUGUUUCAAGGAGAUCGUCCCUAG